AUGUCCGACUCUCAUCAGCUUUACGCGGUGACCGGCCGCGCACUUCCGCUGCCGCCCAAGCGCACACCACCUCGCUACAGCACUAUCACCCGCUCUGAGGAGCAAGAGUGCCGCAUAAGUGUCGGUGCGAACUCUCCCGGUCGCACCGAGACGCCGCGUGAUGGCGAGAUAAGGCCGGCUCCUGUAGUGCUGCGGCACGAAUCACAACUCGGAUUCCGCGAUGAGGCUGCUCAUCCUCCGUCAGAGGACUCGAAGCACUUGAUUCCACCCACCUUGCAGAAGUCCAAGGUGCCAUCGAAUCGGCAAGGCGGACCGUCAACGCCUCGGCAGCAGUCGCAGAAGUCGACGGAGCUGGAACUCGACGACCUCAGCAGUUGCUUCUCGUCACACUGCAACAGCGCACCAGAUACCAGCGCGAAGAUGCACCCGGCAAGCGAGUUCUUGGCUCAGCUCGGCUACGCGACCCCUCCCAACUUGAAUACGACCGCCGCCGUACCAGAGGAUGGUAGCUCCAUCGACAGCCGUCCGUCUCUGAACCGCACCAAAUUUGAGGCGGCGGUGUCGGCGGCAGAGGAUCAGGACCGCAAUGCCGUUCCCAGGCAGUCCAUCGAGACGUCCAGGACUCACCGCAACCAGGUGCCUGCCAACCCUCACAGCACCCCGGCCGCAGCUGCGCCGGCGAGCAGUGCCCGCUCUACAGCAACACAGUCCACUUUAUCGCGCUACAACCAUUCCAAGGGAUCCGGCGCGUACAGCGGCGAUCAGCAGCAGCCAAGGCCACAAGGCGCACCUGCAACAGAAGCUGCGGCGCACCCCGCAGCCCCGGCAGUGAGCGGCGCGGGCAGCAGCAGGCGAAGAGGUGCGUCAUUGCAUGAGCGCUCACCGAGCGAGGCAAGCUCCUACCGUCGCGACAAGCAUAGCGCCAGCAGCGCACCCAUGUGCUCUGUUGAGCAGUACAGCCGCUCCCCGGUCACAUAUAACAGAGCAGCCCUCCUGUCAUCCCCAGUGCCGAUUGAUCCUCAUCUUACCCACGAGUACUCUCAGCAGAAGAUGGAGGAGCGCCGAGCGUCGAAGUCGCGUGUGGUGGCCGGCAGCCAGUCAACGGCUGUGGUGGCUGUUUCGUCAAACGCGUGGAACAGCAUCCGCACUUCCCGCGACGACGAAGACCCGCUGGAGAUGUGCGUCCCUAUCGCGGAGCGGGUGAACUUUAUGCCUACAUUGACACGGCACCGCGACAGCUCGGCGUCCGUGUCUAUGGGGACGCUGGAGGGCACGGAGCUGCUGCCGGGGAUGCCCCAGCUGCAGGGGCAUCGCGAUGAUGACAACGCCGAUCGCCCCUACCGCACCAUUAUCCGCUUCAUCGAGUAUCAGCCCAAGGAGGAGCGGCCCGCAUUGGAAGAGAUGCUGGCCAGCUACUCCGGUCACGAGGGCGCGCUGUGUUCCGCCUUCGGUGAAGCGUACGGCAACGACUUUGAGAUGGUGAAACUCGUUUGCAGCCGCACACCGGCGGUUCCGCUCUUGGCAGAUCGUCCUUCUGUCGAUAACCGCGCCACCGCCUCAUAA